AUGCGGUCGCUGCUAGUCUUGUUCUUGUUCUUCGUCGCCUGCCUGGCCAUCAGCAAGAGAUCCACAGAUGAAUGCAGUGCGAAAUGUGUUGGUGGUCGGAUGACGAUGACCUGCUGUGAAUGCAUUGGAUGCCAUCAAGGAAUGAGAUUCGGCAAGCGCGCGGAAGCACCCAUGUUCUACGAUAUGCCCCAGGAACCAGUCAUCCAACUCUACGAAAUCGACGACAACUCAUACAUGCUGCCAAUCGUGCGACAACAGCGCUCGCCCCGUUACAUAUUCUAU